AACUUUCUGUUUCUCAGGUAGUAUUUCAACCAGAGACUCCAUUUUUUGCCUUUUAAGAACCAUUUCUUCACUUGCUGUCCAAUCCUAUUUGUCCCUUUAACUAUUAUCAACCAUUAAUGGCCGUGCCUUAUGUAGCUGAAGCAAACAAGAGCAAGGAAACAGUGCAGCUCAAACAUCCACAGGUAUAGACAAGCCUCUUAUUUCUUCUCCACAAACUCAGGCAGCCCUGCCUAAUACAGAUGGCUUGCAGCCACUGAAUUCCAGAGGUGUAGCCAAGCCUUUCCUCAUUUCUUUGCAGACUCUCUUUUAGUAGCCUCAGCCUCCAGCAACCUCACUCUGCAGUGUCCUCAGUUUUGUGUGGCCAACAACAGCUCCAAUUAACUCUUGGUAGAAAUGAGAGGGAGGAAGAAAGGAGGGAGUAGCAAUAAACAGAGGCAAUUGCACCAGCUUUCCUGGAAGCAAGAGGGCCUGGCCCUAGGAAGAGAGAGAAAGAGAGCACAGAAGAUCUGCCAGCCCCCUUAUAGGAACAUUUCACUGUUUAGGAACAAAGUCCUCCCUGCUGACUUCUUCCUGUGCCUUAAAAAGUGUGGGAUUUAAGCACCCUUAAACAUUGAUUAAAUAGCAUUUUCAAGAGUCACAGCUCUACUACAGACCAUCCUGUCAGAAUCCAGGCCCAGACUCAUUACUUUCUGCAGCAGGCUGCUAGAAAGAGACUAUGGAAGAAAAAGAGCCACCAUAUGUCCUAAUCAAUGUUAUAGGAGGUCCAGAUGGAGUAUAUGAAGACCAUGUAGCAUACCUGGAGAAACAUCUCAAGAUCAUCACCAUGAAGGAAUUUCUUAAAAACAAGCAAGUUCUUAGGCAUAAAAUCAAAGCUGUAUUUGUGUGGUACUAUAAACCAGUGGUGGACAAAGAACUCCUACAAAGCUUGCCUAAUUUAAAGGUGGUUGUUAACUCUGGUGUAGGAGUGGAUCACCUCGACCUAAAACUGAUCUUCAGCUUUGGUGUGAAAGCAGCAAACACUCCGUUGGCUGUUUCCAAUCCUACAGCAGACCUGGGAAUAGCUUUGAUGCUGGCUUCUGCUAGGAGGAUUGUAGAAGGUCACCAGAUUGCCGUUUCUCCGGAUACUAAACAUUUUAAUGCUGACUGGCUGGGAGAAGAGGUCACGGGUGCAACUCUGGGAAUCAUUGGAAUGGGCGGCAUUGGUUAUAAGGUAGCCCAGAGAGCCAAAGCUUUUGACAUGAAAAUUCUUUAUCAUAACAGGAACCGAAGAAAUGUGGUGGAUGAAGAGGCUGUGGGUGCACUUUACUGCCACAAGAUGGAAGACUUACUCCGACAGUCUGACUUUGUGAUGCUUGUGGUGAACCUGACACCUCAGACGGCCAGACUGAUUGGGGAAAAGGAGCUGGGGCUCAUGAAACCCACUGCUACACUCAUCAACAUCUGCAGAGGACAAGUGAUUGAUCAAGAUGCAUUGGUGAAGGCACUCCAAAAUGGAAUUAUUAAGGCUGCAGCUUUGGAUGUGACAUACCCUGAGCCAUUACCAAGAGAUCAUGCUUUACUACACUUAAAGAAUGUCAUUAUCACUCCUCACAUUGGAAGUGCAACAGCACAAGCCCGCCACCUUAUGAUGAAAAACAUGCUUGAAAGUAUCCUGGCUGCCAUAAAUGGUCUCCCAGUCCCUAACGAACUACAUGUGUAACAUAUUUUGUUUAUGUUGCUAAUCAAGUGUUUGUUCUUUGAACACUUAUACUGUACCUGCAUCAGAUUUUUCAUAAGAAAUAUUGGCUUUGAUCUUUCUUCUGAUUGGAUAAUAGAAUCUGUACUCACAUUUCUUAAAUAAAAGUGGGAAAUGAAUACACAAGAUUUUUGGUGUG